AUGGCAGUUCAGCAAGUUCUAGCUCUCCAAGAGUUGCCCACGGAAAUGGACAUAGAUGAUGACACGCAGGCAUCUGUUUACGACGCCUGCACGCUAGAGCAGAUUGAAGCUGGCGGCACAUAUCAAUUCAUGCAUAGUACGCCACCAGAUAUUGAUUUAAAUCUCCUUCAAUCUAUAAUACAGCCAAAUGCGCUGCCUUUUUUUGAAUGCCAUUGCCAAGAAAUCCACGACUUCUGGUCUUGGCUUGUAAGAAAAACUUCCAUACCAGCAGAUGUCGCCAUUAAUGAUCCAAUAAUUACUUCUGCCUUUACAAUUAUCGAUGAUGCAAUCCUCCACAGCGGAGAAUACUUUUGGAGAUCAAGGUUGGCUUAUGUGCAGCUAACCCGAGUCUUAAUUGCCAUUAAAUCCAUAAUUGCACGAAGAGGAAGGCAGCGCAGACGCGUCGGUCAAGGUAAUGCUAGUAUACUCAUUGACCUGUAUGUCAAAGCCCAGGUUGAACCUUUUUCACCAAAAGUUCUGCGCCAAAAGGUACAGAACCGCGUGAGAGUCGCCAAACGCUGGGCAGAUCUCAUCAGUGGAUCAAUUUUUAUCGCGACUGCAUACAAUGACAAAGCCGAAAUGUUGAUGUAGGUGAAUGUAUUGUCUUUGCGCGCUGAUAUGAAAGCAUGUCUCUAAUUUCCAUUUCAGUAGGGACUUUUCCGUCACAAAUUCGA